GAAUCUAUAUUCUGGGAGAUCUCAGAUCUCUAACAAGGUGAGAACAGGAUUUGAUUUUCAAUUUUUGCUUCGAUAUUGAACUGAUUCUGUUUGAACAAAGUGGUAUAACCUGAAUUUUUUUCACAGGAUAGAAAAUUGUCUUCGACUUCUUGGAUAUCUGAUGACGACGAGUUUGAAGAAUUCCUAAGGUAAAUGGAUAUCUUUUAUUACGCUUUAAAGCCAUCAUCUUCUCGCUUGUAAGGGCUGUAUUUUUUAAUUGCUUGUGUCUUUUUGUUGUAAGUCAUUUUAUUUCUUCUUAAUUCGAACAGGAAUCUACAUCAUGAGGUACCUAAUAGCCAUCAUAAGGUGAGAACAAGAUCUGAUCACUUUCUAUUUUCGCGUCGCUAUUGAAUUAUUUCUUUUUUUAAUCCAGCUUGAAAAUGGACAAAGAGAUUUAACUUGAAUAAACAAUUGUUUUAGCUUUGGUUAUGUGAUGACGACGAGUUUGAAAAAUUCCUGGGGUUAUCUCAUGAUGACGAGUUGGUAAAAUCGCCGAGGUAAGAUUUUUAUCGGGCCAGCUAUGCAUAUCUAUAUAGACUCUGUGUUACUUUAGCCUUACUUACGGGAGAUUAAUUAUACCGUGCUAAUUAAACCAAAUUACUUGAUAUCUAGUUGAUAUAGACAUUUUUGGAAGACUAAUGUACUAAUUUCUCCUCAGGCUUCUUUAUCACCCUUUUAUUUGUAAAUGCAUUCUCCUUUUCAUUGCUAAAUUUAAUUGCUUUUGUGUGCUUUAACCCCCUUGAACUUCGGGAAACUAAAAUUCGUAGUUCUGGAGAAAGCUGGUGUGGGUAUGUCCACGCAGUCUACGUCGUGGCGUCGCCGCUGAACAUUUAAAUUCUUCUUCGCAUUAUCUAGAGGUUUGUCGAACUCAGUGGGUAUUAGGUUCGCUAUACAUGUUAUGGUCGCCAGGUUCGAACUAGCCUGCCGUGUUUAUCUGAAAAAGUAGAGCCUAUAUGAGUAACUUACAAUAGUUUUAUCUGAUGUUUUAAAAACUCUUUUUGUAGUAGUGGCAGUGUCCGUCAUUCACGAGAAUUUGAAAUUGUCCGUCGUUCUUUUCAAUUCAGUAAAGUUCCGAACAAUUUUGAGGUGAGAGAAAAGUGCCCAAUUUUUCUAUUAAGCUAUAACAAAAAGGCUAAUGACAGGAGAAGUAGCGAAACAUAAUAUACGCGACAUAAUUUAGUGUAAUUUAUUUUCUUUUCCAGUCUCAACAGUCUAUUCAAACUGGCUCCCCCGGAGAAUGGUAAGAUUUAAAACCAUAAAAUUUGCGCAACCACGCAAACAUUCCACUAACAUUAGCAUUAACGUUUCCAUAUUUAUGACGUACGAAAAAAGAAGACAAUAAUACUCAAUAUAUGGCAAGGCGAUUCGUUAGCAGAAUGCAAAUGCAAAGCAAAAUGCGGCUGAUUAUCAGGGUUGUAGCCACCGAUUUAUAAGCGGUCUGGUUAGAUUCGCGUACCGAAAUUGAUUACACUAAUAAUGAUGAUAUUCGUCCAAAGAAAAUAUCUUAAUCAUAACCAUUUUGACCUCCCAAGAUAAAACUUUACCUAUAAUAUUGGCGCAAAGCCGGCCUAAAUUAAGGCCCAGUCACACUACUGACAACGAAAACGAUACGAUAACUUGUAAACAUGCACGCGAUGAUUGGCAAAAAAAUUAUGUUGGUGUUCACACUACAACGAAAAUGAUAAAUUUAUCGUUUGACGAUAAUGACAACGAUUUUAACUAAAAUCGCUCGCCCUAGCGAAUUUCUUUUAGACGGACGAUAACGACAAAUUUUUGACAAAUCAACGCGCGUAUACAGCUAUUUCAAUUAAUGUUGUCCCCCGAGCAAAGCGGAAAAGUCGAAUACGAGCGCGAAAGGCUGUUGCGGGGAAUCGCUAAUAAAUUUAUUCAUAAUUUAUUAGCGAUUCCCAGCAGCAUUUCGCGCUUGUACUUUAAUUAUUCAAUAAAUAAAAAUACUUAAAUGAUUUCGUGCGUAAAACAAGAUCAACCGUCGCACCAAAAACGUAUGAAGAUAUUUAAAUUAAAGUUAUAUAGGUGAGAGGAUUGAAAAUUAGAGAAUCGUGCGGCAUAUAAUCCUGCGCAAUAACUUAAAAUAUUAAGACCGAAUAUGUGGACUUUGCACGACAUGAUUUUGGACGGCAAAAAUGCUGCAAAAAAUUGCUUCACAAUUGGUUUUGUUCAGGUUGGAUGAUUGGUUGGGGACUUGAGCAAUCUGGUAUAGAGAAACUGAGAAAGCUCACGCUUUGUAAACAAGACUCGCACGACUUAAUCUAUUCUCAGACGCUGAAGGCCCCUAGCUAGUUUAAAUUCACUAAAAAGAAUAUUUAAUUGAUCAUGCAUAUAAUUAUAGUGUUGGUAGUUUUGUUCACUUUGCCUUCUUGGCAGCCAUCGAUCAAGAAUCUUGAUAUUGCUGUCUUAUACUCUCAUUGUAUAUGAUUGGGAGCUAUAGUCCCCCUAUAGCCCCCAGAUUUACAACCCCUAUAGGUAUAAGCAACAUCGCUAGCUAAAUUGUUGAAGAUGCAGUUUAUAUAGUCCGUUCUGUGUGAUGUGCACUUCGGUUGCUCUAUGUUCUUGCAAUGCCUGAUCUAUUUCACUCUGAAAGCUGGGAACAUAAUGCUAUCACCAUGCAUGUAUUUCGUUGCUGAAGUUCACUGACAUUUGUGGGCGAACUUCACCUCAUCUUUUAAUGCGAAUACUGUGACCGUGUUACUGCAGGGCUAAAUAGAGCAAUUCAAGGGGGCUCCCUGCAGUAGCAUGUCGGAUGAUCGCAGGACGAAUGUAAAAAACGCGUGGCGAGUGCGUGAACUAUCCCAGGAAAACUCUGCGAUUUUUAAAAAAUCUUUUGUGUAAAAAUUUUGUAAUAAAAUUUUGCAAAUAAAUUUUAAUUAAACUCUUACAAUAGCUUGCAGAACAUCAUGCUCUGUUGCUAUAUAUAUGAAAUAAAAGAUAAGUCACCGACUUCGCUUUUGAGAUGCACACAAUUUUAUGGCUAGAAUAAGCAGGCUUUAUAUAGUUUAUACUUUCACCAUGCGCACGCUGCCAAUGGCAACAGUGACAUUGUCCAAACCGAUCGAGUUCUAUAAUAUUCCACUGAUGUCAGAUAUUGCAUUAAAGUGGAAAACAUUGCAAGAUCUGCAUUGAUAGGCCUGUACAGCACAGAUUUUGUUGAGGUGGGCACCACUUCAGGGAGCCUUCAUUACUGAUACGUUUGCCCAGUUUUUCUCUAUCAUUUACCAACAGCAUAUUACAGUUCCCGGCAUGCAGUUUAUAAGAGAAAGUAAUUUCCGUUGUUUUGUAUAGCCGUUCCCGAUCCAUGCGAUCUGAUUAUUGUGUUUCAUCUCAAGAAUGCAAGCAGAAGUGCGGUAAUCUGGUGAGGAGUUUUCUUAUGAGCAAACGUGUGCAUUGGUGUGGAUAUAGAUAUAUUAAAAUAAACUCCAUUGCUUUGACGUUUCUUUGACAUAUUAGAACCUAUCUUUGUAGGUGGAAUCUCUGUUAUCCAUCGGGAGUGUUACUUUGGAGGAGAGGUGAGAAAUACUACUUUUCAAUGUGAUAAACACAGACACAUGGAGAUGUACAAGUUCAAUGUAUAUGCAUUAAAGUGCUGGCUAUGAUUCCCAGUUCUUAGCAGGUUUGUUCAAUUUGUAUGCCUGUAGCUCAAAAACAUUUUAUUUUCUGCUACAUUACAGAAGUCGUCAGUCUUCCUCCAAUUACCCAAGUCAAGCCUCUCAGACAUCUGAACGUAAGGUAAGAAAUGAUAUACAGAGUCGCUGUGGUCAUUUAAAACAAUGAAAGUAUUUAGGAGCGACAACAGAUUCCAUGUAGAAAGUGUGGGGGGGGGGGGGACGAAGUCGGUCAGUUGACGCGAUUUAUUUAGUACAUUAUUUAUUUAGUACAUUAUCACUGUCCAGAAAAUGAAAAGCACCUGUUCGGCCGUCUCCUCUUCAUUCACGCCCUUGACCUGAUGAAAUUGCGUACAGUUGAAAGCCAAAUGGAGAAAAAGGCCAUCCAAUUACGAUCCAAUAAAUAAAUCGGAAUGCUCCGUAAUCUUGUGAUAGAUUUGGAAAUCCUACUGUUCUCCAUGAUCUCUAUUGACUCAAUUUUAGUCUUUAUUCAAAGAACCUAAAUGGAAGUAACCAGACACAGAUCCUUAAAUGCACGAUCUGAACUAUACGCAAAUUGUUAGUUUCUUUAUGUUCCGCACACCAGAUCAUGCAAUGCACGAAUGAUUCAGGAUAAAACAUUUUUUGUUUAUAGACUCAUUCUCAUACCAGUGCAAUUCCGAAGGAUAGCACUCAUAAAAGAUGAGGAAUUAAACGGAAUUAAAUAAUUAUUUAAGCUACGCAAUUCACGCGACUCCAUGUCGCAAUCCACAUAUAGUUGAAGUUUAACUCUUGCUGUGAAAAGUUUAUACACAUAUAUUUAUUUAGACGAUAUUCCAUGAACAAUAGAGGUCUCCUAGUGCAUACAUGUAUUGCGAUUUCCCUUAUUCAAUUUAAGAUAACCCGUAUUCAAAUUGGUUUUCCGCGUGCAACUGUCAAACCCAAUACUCCAUUAGAAGAGAGAUUACGUUAUUUUAAAUAUCUUUAUCCGGUCGAUAUUCUUAUAUGUAUGCUCAAUUAUCCGUAAUCCGUUCCGUCUGGAUGGAUAUUUAUUUCACUUUGUCGCACAUUUUCUCGCUUGUGAGAUGUAUCUCUUUAAGUCCCGUGUAUGUUUUUGUUGAGAGACUUUUUAUUUCUUAUUAAAUCUUACAGGAAUCUUUCUCAGAAUUCUCAGAGCUCUAACAAGGUAAGAACGAGAUCUGAUUUUCUAUACUUGUUUCGAUAUUGCAUGAACUUUAAUUUUUUGUUUUAAAAAUGAACGCAGUGGUAUAUAACUUUAAUGAAUAAUUGUUUUAUUCUUUACAGGAUAGAACCUUCUCUUUGAGGUCUUGGAUAUCUGAUGACGACGAGUAUGAAGAAUUCAUGAGGUAGCUAUGGAUAUCCUUUAUUUCACUGUAUAUAGCGCACAUCUUAAUUGUUGCUUAUUAUAAGGUGAAUCUUUUUUUGUUCCUUGUGUCUUUUUGUUGUAAGUCCUUUUAUUUCUUUUUAAUUCUCACAGGAAUCUACAUCCUGAUAUACCUAAGGGCCUUCAUAAGGUGAGAACAAGAUUUUCUAUUAUCGCGUCGCUAUUGAAUUAUUUCCUUUAAUUAUAUAAGUCCAGCUGGAAAAUGGAGAAAAAUAUUUAACUGGAAUAAACCAUUGUUUUAGCUUUGGUUAUUGGAUGACGACGAGUUUGAAAAAUUCCUGGAGUUAUCUGAUCACGAGUUGGUAAAAUCGCGGCCGAGGUAAAAUGUUUAUCCGGCUCGCUAUGCAUAUAUUAAUUUGUGUUACCUUUCGGGAAAUUACCGGCAUGCUUGUCUAUAUAAUUAAACCCAAUUACUUGACAUCUAGGAUCGUAGGGUGUGUUCCAGCCACCGAUAAUCGUUUCAGCGCAAUAUUUUGAAAAAUUGAAUGUUCCGAAAUGUCACGUCCUGCACUCCUGUACCGUAUUGAAGAUUUUGGACGCCAAAAAUGUUACGAGCGUUUCCGCCUGUGGCGUAUGCAAUUAUCGCUAUAGUCAGUGAAGUUUUUAUAUAUACCAGGGAAUUACACGAGCCAUUUUUGCAACCAAUCAAUCAACUUUAUUUGUAAACUGUAACCAAUUUUGCAACCAAUCAAUCAACUUUAUUUGUAAACUUUGUUUACAUUUUACUCCGCAUUACCCAUUAUUUUCGUCAGUGACCUUUCUUAAAAUUUUGACCACAUAAUUUAAUUUUGGUGAAUUUUAUAUGUUUCAAUUUUUAACUAAAAUCUUACCAGUGGAAAUCUUGUAAUAAAAUUUUCACAACACGUAUAUGUUGCCGCAGAACAUCAUUCUCUAUUGAUAUAUGAAAAAAAAAGAUAGGUCACCGAUUUCGCUUUUGAGAUAUAAUUUUACAAACAAUUUUAUGGCUAAAAUAAGCAGCUUUAUACUUUCCUCAUGGCAGGGACGUCGCUACAGGUGUGUGUGUGCGGGGAGGAGAGGGGGGGGGGCGUAACACACACCCAAUAAUUCAAAACGGUCAAAGUUGGUCAAAAUGGAACUAAAAUUUGCUUAAAAUUGAAGGUCAAAGUUGGUAAAAUUUGGUCAAAGUUUGAGAUAAAAUUAUGAAAUCGUUCGCAAUUUUAACAAUUUCUAAGCUUUGGUCAUGUUUGCGUGGAAACAAUUGCAAGCCUUGCUUAUUUUGGUCGAAAAAUAUUUUAAGCUUUGCUUAUGUUAGUCCGGAAAAUUUUUGACAACCCCCCGUCGACAACAUUUUCGGCAAACAUUUCUGCUACUUGGUCAAAAUUCUAGGAAAAGUUGGUCAAAACAUGACGACCCCCCCCCUCCCCCAAUGUUGAUGUCUUCACGACCUCCCUGCCUCAUGGUACCAUGCACGCAUGCAUGGCAACAGCGACAUUGUCAAAACUGAGUUCUAAAUAUUCUAAAACUGUCUGUACCAGUGUAGGUAGUGCCAAUGUGAAAAUGCUGUGCUGAGUGGUUAUAUUACUACCUUAAAAAACAAGCAGAAGGCGUUUCGAGCGAAGGCCCUUCGUCAAGAGUUAGUAGCAUGAACUGCUACUAACUCUUGACGAAGGGCCUUCGCUCGAAACGUCGAGUUUCUGCUUGUUUUUUAAGGUAGUUCUAAAUAUUCCACUUUUGUUGGAUAUUUCCUUCGUGUAGAAACGAAUGCAAGAUCAGCAUUAAUAGGCCCGCACUGCAGAUAUGUCCGGGGAAAUAUACGCGCAACUGGAGAGAUCCUCCAUUAGAUCAUUUUACCCAAUUUUUCUCGUUCAUUCAAAAUUACAGUUUUCGUCAGUUUAAAUGACAAAAAAUUCGUUGCUUUGUAUAGCGGUCUCCGAUCCAUGCGAUCUGAUUAUUGUGUUUCAUGUCAAGAAUCCAAGCAGACGUAUGGUAAUCAGGUGAGGUUUUAUCUCAUGCGCAAACGUGUGCAUUGGUGUAUACAGCUAUAUUUCAAUUAAGGUUGUCCACGAGCAAAGCGGAAAAGUCGAAAACGAGCGCGAAAUGCUGCUGGGAAUCGCUAACAAAUUAAUGAAUUUUCAAAGCGGUUCCCAGCAGCCUGUCGCGCUCGUAUUCGACUUUUUCGCUUUGCUCGUGGACAACCUUAAUUGAAAUAUCUGUAGAUAUUUUAAAAUAGAUUUGUUUUAUAAUCCUUCUUUGAGAUGUAAGAAACUAUCUUUGCAGGCUGAAUCUAUGGUAUCCACUGGGAGUGUGAUAUUGGAGGAGAGGUGAGAAAUACUACUUCACAGUGUGAUAAUCUACAAGCUCAAAGUAAACAAAAGUGCUGGUGAAUUGGUGAAUUUUCAUGCCCGCGUUAGCUCAAAAAUAAAUAUUUUUUAAUCUCCUCUAUAUAACAGGAGCCGUCAGUCUUUUUCCACUGGCCCAUUUCAAGGCUCUCGAACGUCUGAAAACAAGGUAGGAAAUGAUAUACUGCAGAGUAGCUGUGAUCAUUUGAUGAAAAGAUUUAAGAACGAGCCGUCGACAAUUGAUUCCUUGACCUGCAUGGUCAAACUGCGUGCAGAAAUCAACGGGAUUGAACACCAAAUGGAGCAAAAGCCAUCCAGUCACGAUUCAUCACAGUCAAUAAUAAUUAGAAUACUCCGAUCCGUUUUCUUAGGUUCGGGAAUUAUGCUGUUCUCCAUGAUUUCUAUUGACUUAACGUUAGCCUUUAUUCAAAUGACCUAGAGGGGAAUAACCAGACACAAACGGACGACCUAAACUAAAUUAUUAAUUUCUUUAUGUUCCGCACAACAGACAUCAGAUCAUGCAAUACAUGAAUGGUUCACGACAAAACCUUUUUGUUUACAGACUCAUUCUGUUACCAGUGCAAUUACAAUGGAAAGCACUCAGGAAAGGUGAGAAAUUUUAGAAAUUAAAUAUUCAAGCUACGCUAUUCACGUGACACUAUAUCGUAGUGCAUGCACGUAUAGAUGACGUUUAACCUUUUGUUUUAAAAGUUUGAAAAUUAUUUUAGACGCGCGAAUAUGAAAUAUGUAUCGCUGGGCAUUCUAAACAACAAUAGAGGUCUCCUACUCUGGAGAUUACUGGUACCUUACUUAAAAAAUAGGUACGCAGCGCGUACAUGUGACUACCGCUCUGUCUGUGUCACCUGAGUGGUGUCACGGAUUUAGCUGGUAGAAUAGUGCUAAUCAGUUGUUGUAGUGUAGCCGGAAAGCGUGUAGAACUGGCGAAGAGAAAAUAUGUUAAGAUUAGUUGAAAACACACUCUUCAGAGCAAAUAAAACAACUUUCGGAUACUUUGUCGCUUUACUUAAAUGUUGCCCAGAUAAUUUUGUGAUCACUAAAAUAAGUUUCUAAAAUGCCUGAAUUAACAAUUUGGACGUUGUGCAUGUGAGCUAUAAGCUGUAAGCUAAACAUAAACCUACAAGAAAGCAUGAUAUAAAACAGCAAUUAACGCAGUUCACAUCCACAAAUAUUACAUGUUACUUUUAAAAUACAGAAAUUGCAUUUGGUUUUACAACACAUCAGCCGUAUUGAUUAACUGCAAACGUCAUAAAAUGUAAGCGAUCAAUAAUUAUUAAGACGUGCAAAGUCUAAAAACACAUCAAAAUGUAAACAAAACAAUGCACAUAUAAAAAAGCUAAGUUAAUUCAGAUAAUUUGCAUUUGAAUUGAAAAAGGUUGCCAGAAAGGUUGCCGAUAAAUAACGAAAGCUGCCGAGUGUGACGUACAUGCUUGUGUGACGUAGUGCUGAGUGUGCGUAGAAUGGUCUACGACAAGCAUUUAAAAAAGAAAGCAAGCAAUCAAGCAAGCCUCUGUCAGUGGAUAGUCACAAAAAUUCACGGACGAUGACUGAUAAAUGCGCUCGUGUUCCUCCCGUGAAAGAAGGAUGUUCAAUUCUACCCAAUACCAACUUUAAACUAAUACUUACGUAUUCAUUUCAUUCUGUGUUAGAAUUCCUACGUAAUAUUUUUUAAGUAUCCAUGAUGUGAAGGUAAAGAGACGUAACAUUUUGCGAGAAAAGUUACUGAAAUGGAAAAUUGGUGAGAACAAUCACGUGGUACCAUUACCAAAGUGUGUUCUUUCGCCCUAUAUAACGAAAGUUAUCGAUGGGGAAACUCUUACUCAAGUUGCCAAGACAAAAGGCAAGAUGAUAAGUAUAAUACCAUGAUUAAAAAAUACAAAGAAUUAUCAUAGAUUGACUUCAAAUCGCAUUUAAAAGUAUUACUAAUAUCUGCAUGUUUUCGAACGCUAAUUGAACAAUUCGUGCAUGCUACAUAUUUUAAUGCAGCAAUAGUCUUUAAAAUUUCGAACAGCUAGCGCUUUGCAGUUCACCUCGAAAUACGAUUUGAAGCUUGUCGUCGGUUGUUAAGGGUCCGCUGUAAUCGUCAAUCUUAUUCCUUCUUCCCCGGAGAGUGCGUGUUAAAAUAGAGGUUUUGCUUUACGAAAGAAAUAUAUAGUAAAACAACGUGAAUUUGCAAAGAAAAUAAUAAAUCCAAUCAACAAACGUAUGUGCAUCAAUUUUGUUGUUAGCUCUAGCUGUCCACAGGAAUUUGUUUGCCUCCACAAACAUUUUGUAACCAAAGUGGAAACUAUAUCAGAAACGCAACGAAUCCUGAUAUGUGUAGAUGUACUCUGACCUGAACGAUUUGAAAAUUAUUUAAAUGAAUGAAGUUUGCAAUCCACGGUGUCAUAUCAUAUAUACUGCCUCAUUUGCAGGCUCUUCUAUUUGGCACAUAUUAGUAUACCAUAUUCGAUACAGUUUAUUCGGCGUGGCAAAGUAAGGCAAGACAAACUUUUGCUAAUUUCUCGCACAAUUUUUGUCCAAAUCUGAAUAAAUUUAAUCAAUUCGCCCUUGCGAAAUGUCCAUAAGUCACAUAAAUUUCGUAUUAAUAUGUUGACACUUUUUAAGCUGUCGAGUUUACUAACACACGCACGCACGCACGCACGCACGCACGCACGCACGCACGCACGCACGCACGCACGCACGCACGCGCAUGAACGUCGUUGAAAACAUUGCUACAUGCAUGACAAAGUUAACAAAUUAAAUUAGCAAGUGUUUUUAUCUUUCAGAUGUAAUCUACUAUGCUGAUAAAAAUGGCUUACUUGGGAAAGGUGGUUUUGGUGCCGUGUUCAAAGGUUAUGCCAUAAAAGGAACUGAGAAAACACCG